UGGAUAGAACCUCCAUUGGAAGUGUUCUUAUUGUCAAAAAAAAAAAGUUAUGAGGGUUUCUAGAAUAUAGGAAAAAAAGAAGAGGUUUCAUAAAAGGAAGAAAUAGGUAGAUUUAGAUGUAGUUAUAAAAGAAUUGGUUUAUUUUUUUUUUAAAAGUAGGUUAUGGGGAAAAAUAGUUAUUGGAUUGAACCUAUAUCAAUGGAUUACGCUGUUGUUUUAAUAGAAUAUAUUUUAGAUAUUGGGCGUUUUAGCCACUUGGUUUAUUACUACUAUAGUACAAUUAGUUACUCGUGAAUAAAGUGUAUGGAGUACACGUUUUAAGACGAUGACGCAAACAUUAGUUGAUUAAGGUAAAAAAAAACAUUAACUAAGAGAGAGAGUUUAAGAGAGAGAAACCAGAUCUGAGUUUGGGAUCCGGCGUUCGGCCGGCGCGUGAGCGUCUGUGCCGACGCUGGAGCCUCUUCUUUUUUUUUUUUUUUCCUUUUGCUUCAUCUGUACCGUCCCCCAAGAUCGUUUUGUCUAAGCUCUGGUGCCGCAACCAACCGUUAUUGGUGGCUCGGUGGUUGGAGUAACGACGCGAUCGAUUGGAGGCUUCGGGUUACAUGGAGCGGUUUGCAUGUUCAGGUACUGGCUCCGGGAGAUGGAGGCUACUCUAGAUCCGUCGUCGUCGGUUUCUUUUCGGGAGGUGGAGGCUUACUUAGAUCCACCGUCGCCGAUUCUAGCUUCCGGGAAGGGGAGACUCACACAGCUCCGCCUUCGCCGGCUUUUGGUCACGGAGAGUGGAGGCUCGCAAAGCUCCGCGCUGCCGUCUUUGGUUUCCUUAGUUUGAUCUCGGGUUUACCUAGUUCCGUUUUAGGUUUUUUUGGUUUUAUGAUGUCGGUGUUGUUCUGAUGGAGGAGCUCUCGUCUGAUGACGAUUGAUGCUCUCCGGUGGUAUUUGGAGAUGUUUGUGUGAAGCCUUCUUCUUGGUGGUGGUGAUCAAUGGUAGCGGAGGUGAUCUCGUAUUUGCGAUCGAUCUCUCCGAUGAUAGAAUCUCUGUGUUGAAGGCGGCUGCAGUGAAGAUGAUAUGGAGCUGUCGAGCUCGGGUUGUACCGGUGGAUCGAUCGAUGGAUGUUUCACCGGGGGUUAGUGGGUUGUGGGGGUCUCGUUGUGGUUCGAGCCGGUGGCUCACGGGAACGACGGUGACCCUUCGUUAGUGGAUUCUAGAGUUUCCGAUGUGGGCUUGAGGCCUUUGUUUUAUGUUCAUUAGUUGCCUUUCGGCUGGGCUUUGUAAUCUUGGGCUUAGCCCUUCAGUUAAUAAUAUAACUCUUGAUGAAAAAAAAAAAAAGACGAUGACGCACUUAGAAAAAUGCAAAAUGGCGCAAACGCCAUUAAAUUCCAUGUGGACUAGAGGCGGCUAAAAGUCAACAAGGACGGUAGUUCAGACUUCCGACUUGCACAGACACAGAGUAAGAGCUUGACCAACUAAGGGUGGUUUAGUCAUUAAAGACUUCCCAUGAACAAGAUUCGUGUCUCGCCACUUUCUUGUAAGAAAGAAGCUUAACAUCCCAAUGUACUUUGACAGAAUCAAAAUGGAAGAAGAUUUGUUAGACAUUUGUGGGUUUGAUUCUUCCAAGAAGUAUCGGUUAGAAGAACUUAUCAAGUAUCACUCUGGUUCAUGUAUUGAGUUUGAAGAUGUUGAAGAAGAUGAUGAAAUGGAAGUGGACUAUCAGUGCCCGUUUUACACAGAUGAUUAUGAUUUAGUUGAGUUGUGUCACCAUAUCGACGAAGAGCAUCACCUAGAUGCUAACAAUGGGGUAUGUCCGGUUUGUAGCAAACGAGUGAAGACUAUGGUUGAUCACAUAACCACUCAGCAUAGAGAUGUUCUCAAGAUAUCCUUUUGGAAAAAGAAGUAUGUACAGUCUCUAAUCGAUGGGCCACUGUCUACUAAUCAUGCUUCAAAAGGUGUUCCUGACUCGUUACUAUCGUUUGUCUACUACAACCCGCCGUCACCAAACCAGCCCAAGCUUGUACUGCCUGAUUUAUCAAGUGGAGCAAACACACAAGAAAAGUGCCUUACCAAAGAUUCAACAGAAAAAGAGGGGAAAUCGUUGUCACCCUUGUCAGAUACUGAGCUACUAGAGAAGAUCAAGAAGAGAGAGUUUGUGCAAGGUUUAAUAUCAUCAGUCAUGUUUAAUCACACCGACGACUUCUGA